UCCGUGCACAGAGCUGCAGUGUCCUACUGGCAACACGCUGAUCUUAAAUCAAGCUUCAUAAAUUGUUCAAUUUCUGCUACUUUGUCUAAACCCAAGCACUUCAGUUUUUAAUUCACCAGAGGCUGUUCCUGAUUUCAGUGAUGGCGACUGCAGAUCUGAGAGACGAGCUGAGCUGCUCCAUCUGUCUGAUCCUUUAUACUGAUCCUGUAUCCCUGCCGUGUGGGCACAACUUCUGCCAGGUCUGUAUUGGGACAACAUGGGACACCCAGGAGGGAUCUGGGGCUUAUUCCUGCCCUGAAUGUAGAGCAGAGUAUCAGGAACGCCCUGCCCUGUACAGGAACAGAACUCUGGGGAACAUAGCAAAGCGACUCCUGACUAUUCACCCAGAACCUGAAUGUACUGAGAUCUUCUGCACCUACUGUGUCCUCUCUCCUGUACCUGCUGCUAAAUCCUGUCUGCACUGUGAGGCUUCUCUGUGUGAUACCCACCUGAGGGGGCACAGCCAGUCACACAAGCACAUCUUAACUGCCCCCACACGUUCUUUUGGGGAGAGGAAAUGCCCCCAACAUGAUGAACCCCUCAAUUAUUACUGCCCCAAUGACUCCGCCUGUAUCUGUGAAUCCUGCUGUCGGAUUGGGGAGCACAGGGGCCACAGGGUGGAGCUGCUGAGUGAGGCCUCUGAGAAGAAGAAAGAGAAACUGAGGAAAGUUGUGGAGAAACUGAGGCCAGAGAGAGAGGAGACUGAGAGAGGAGCCCAGAGACUGCAGGAGCGCAGGAGAGAAGUGGCAGAAAAAGCAGCCGGUGAGACAGAGAGAGUCGCUGCCCUGUUUAGAGACAUCAGGGAACAGCUGGAAGCCCUAGAGAAGCGACUCCUGAGUGACAUCUCCAGCCAGAAAGAGAAGCUCUCACUCACACUCACUGAUCUGAUGGAGCAGCUGGAAAUAAAGAAGGACGAGCUGUCCAGGAAGAUCCGUCACAUUGAGGAGCUGUGCAACAUGGCAGAUCCACUCACUGUCCUACAGGAAUGGGAAUCACAUGGAGCUGAAUUCUGUGGGGCAGAUAAUAAGCCCAUAGGGAGAGAUGAUAUGAAGGUUCCACCAGUAGAGGAUCUGGAUGUGUUUCUGCUUUCAGAGAUAAUGAUACAGGGCUUGGAAGGAAAAGUCAGUGAGAUAAAAAGAAGCUACUGCUCCCGGGAGAACCCGUUCCUGUAUCUGGAUGGUAACACGGCUCAUCGUCUGUUAAAGAUUUCAAAUAACAGUAAAACAGUAGAACAGUGCCCUGCACAGCUCAAUAAUGCUAAUCAUGAGACAUCAAUGACAUUUCAGACUUGUACCCAGGUAUUAAGCACCAGGAGUUUACCCACAGGGCGACAUUACUGGGAUGUAGAUUGUAGCAAAUCAAAACAGUGGCGGGUAGGGGUGGCCUAUAACAGUAUAGAGAGGGGGGGGGGAAAUAAUUCACUGAUUGGGAAUAAUAACAAGUCCUGGGUGGUGGUGGAAGGUUACAGAAUUAACAAUAUGAAUUUAAGAUAUUUAUAUAACAUUUCAGUGAUACAUGAUGGAAAAAGUUUAUGUGACCUGCAAGGCAGAUCUGGGCCCAUUAAUAAAAUCCGAAUGUAUCUGGACUAUGAGGCCGGACGUCUGUCCUUCUAUGAGCUGAGUGAGCCAAUCAGACACUUACACACCUUCACUGCCACAUUCACUGAGCCCCUCCAUGUUGCAUUCUGGGUAGGGGAGAACAGUGUGACCAUUACUGAAUAGAGAAAGAGCCUUCUUCUCUGCAAUUAGGCUACAUGACCCCUUGGAUGGGAUCCUUAACUUCUAUAACCCUGCCCCCCAUAUGUUAGUGGGUGUAAGACCCCCAGUGUAUAGUGGGGGGAGAGGGGGCUGUUGUGUCUUGUCACUGAUUAUAUGAAAUGGGUGGAAGUGAUGAUGAUGAUGAUAAAAUAAGGACAUUAGUUCCUAUACUAAUAGAUACUACUGAGGCUUACAGUGUUGUGUAAAUUGUCAUUUGUGAAGACCCUGGAGACAAAUGAAAUGGCAACAUGUGAUUGUAUUUAUAUAUAGCCCUGCCGUAUAGAACUUUCAUAUUGAAUAAUGAGCAAAUUCAGGGGUCACUGUCAUGAUACAGAUGCUGUCGUUUUCAAUACCAUUUCACACUGUGGGCUUUGCAAAUAAUUCAUUCUAGAAUGACCCAGAACCAAUCAGUACCAGCACCAAGCACUUUCUAUCUGUCAGCUACUGUCUAUUUAAUCCUUUUCCCUCUGUCACAUACACUGAGUUUUUCUUGCUAUAUUACUGCUGGGUGCUAUUCUCACAUCUGUCACUAGGUGGCACAUGGGAGCACAUUCAGCAGUGCAGAACUGGAGCUGGUUUUGAGCUUAUUUUGAGCUGUAGGAAGCUGAAACCUGGCCAAGACUUGGCUUUUUGGAAGGGUAAAGACUGGGAUCUUUAUGUAUGUAAUAAAUCUGAGGCACAAAUACCCACAAGAAAAAACAAAAAAAAAACAAAAAAAAAAAAUAUAUAUAUAGUAAUAAAGGAUGUAGGAGCUGCCAUAUUUCUGACUAAGGAGCAGUUAGGGCUGUGGGACCAAGAAAUCUCUGAUAUAACAACCUUGUUAUCUCUUAUAAUAAUCCUAUUAUCAUAAACAAUAGUCUUCUUGUCUCACAUAAUAGCCUUGUUUUCUCAUAUAAUAACAUUAUUAUCUAAUAACAUAGCCUCGGUAUCUUAUAUAAUAGCCUUACACACAGUAGCCUUGGUAUCUCAUAUAAUACCCUUAUUAUUAUAUACAAUAGCCUGGUAUCUCAUAUAAUUAUCUAAUUAUCAUAAACAAUGGUCUUCUUGACUUACAUAUAAGUCUCAUAUAAUAACAUUAUUAUCUAAUAACGUAGCCUCGGUAUCUUACAUAAUAGUCUUACACACAGUAGCCUUGGUAUCUCAUAUAAUAACCUUAUUAUUAUAUAUAAUAACCUGUUAUCUCAUAUAAUUAUCUUAUCAUAACCUUCUUGUAUCACAUCCUUAUUACCCUUAUUAUCACACCCAAUAACCUUGGUUUCUUAUACAAUAACCUUGGUAUUUCAUAUCAGUGUAUUAUUUGAUGAUCUCUGCAAUAAAGAUAUUUUCUGUGGCA